AUGGCUGAUUAUACAGAUCAGGUAGAGAGGGACAUUAAAGAUGCAAUUGAUAGGAAAGAUGAACAUCAGCUGAGGUUGAUCCUCAAGAGAACAAGAAGAUGCCAUAAAAACACAAUUGUCUGGGCAUUAGAGAAAAAUGAGAACCUGAGUAAAGAGACAUUAGAUUUAUUGUUAGAAAAAGGGGCAGAUGUUAAUGCUUUUGACAAUGAUUGGACUGCAUUGAUGCGAGGUUGUGAUUCUGGCUCUCUGGAAUAUACACAGUGGUUAACAGAGCAUGGAGCAGAUGUCAAUGCUAAGGAUAAUAAUGGUUGGACUGCAUUGAUGUAUGCGUGUGAGUCUGGCUCUCUGGAAUGUACAAAGUGGUUAACAGAGCAUGGAGCAGAUGUCAAUGUCAAACACAAAGAUGGCAAAACUGAACUGAUGAUUGCUAUUGAGAAGAGGUCUCUGGAAUGGAUAAAGAUGUUCACAGACCAUGGAGCAGAUGUCAAUGCUAAGGACAAUAAUGGUUUGACUGCAUUGAUGUAUGCGUGUGAGUCAGGCUCUCUGGAACGUACAAAGUGGUUAGCAGAGCAUGGAGCAGAUGUCAAUGCUAAGGAUAAUAAUGGUUGGACUGCAUUGAUGUAUGCGUGUGAGUCUGGCUCUCUGGAAUGUACAAAGUGGUUAACAGAGCAUGGAGCAGAUGUCAAUGUCAAACACAAAGAUGGCAAAACUGAACUGAUGAUUGCUAUUGAAAAGAGGUCUCUGGAAUGUACACAGUGGUUAACAGAGCAUGGUGCAGAUCUCAAUGUUAAGGACAAUAAUGGUUGGACUGCAUUGAUGUAUGUGUGUCAGUCUGGCUCUCUGGAAUGUACACUUUGGUUAGCAGAUCAUGGUGCAGAUGUCAACGUCAAACACAAAGAUGGCAAAACUGAACUGAUGAUUGCUAUUGAGAAGAGGUAUCUGGAAUGGAUAAAGAUAUUUACAGACCACAGUGCAGAUAUCAAUGCUAAGGACAAUAAUGGUUGGACUGCAUUGAUGUUUGCUUGUAGGUCUGGGUUUUGGGAACGUACAAAGUGGUUAACAGAGCAUGGAGCAGAUGUCAAUGCUAAGGACAAUGAUGGUUGGACUGCAUUGAUGUAUUCUUCUAAGUCUGGCUCUCUGGAAUGUACAAAGUGGUUAACAGAGCAUGGAGCAGAUGUCAAUGCUAAGGACAAUGAUGGUUGGACUGCAUUGAUGUAUUCUUCUAAGUCUGGCUCUCUGGAAUGUACAAAGUGGUUAGCAGAGCAUGGAGCAGAUGUCAAUGUCAAACACAAAGAUGGUAAAACUGAACUGAUGAUUGCUAUUAAGAAGAAGAGGUCUCUGGAAUGGAUAAAGAUGUUCACAGACCAUGGUGCAGAUGUCAAUACCAUAAGCACUGAUGGUCAAACUGCACUGAUGCGUGCUUGUAUGGAUGGAUCUCUAGAAUUUACAAAAUGGUUAACAGAGCAUGGUGCAGAUGUCAAUGCUAUGACCUAUGAUGGUUGGACUGCAUCGAUGUAUGCCUGUAUGUCUGACUCUCUGGAAUGUACACAGUGGUUAGCAGAGCAUGGAGCAGAUGUCAAUGUCAAACACAAAGAUGGCAAAACUGAACUGAUGAUUGCUAUCGAGAAGAAGAGGUCUCUGGAAUGGAUAAAGAUGUUCACAGACCAUGGAGCAGAUGUCAAUGCUAAGGACAAUAAUGGUUUGACUGCAUUGAUGUAUGCUUGUGAUUCUGACUCUCUGGAAUGUACUCAGUGGUUAACAGAGCAUGGUGCAGAUGUCAAUGUCAAACACAAAGAUGGCAAAACUGAACUGAUGAUUGCUAUUGAGAAGAGGUCUCUGGAAUGGAUAAAGAUGUUCACAGACCAUGGUGCAGAUGUCAAUACCAUAAGCACUGAUGGUCAAACUGCACUGAUGCGUGCUUGUAUGGAUGGAUCUCUAGAAUUUACAAAGUUGUUAACUGAUCAUGAUUCAGAUGUCAAGGCAAAGGACAAUAAUGGUCGAACUGCAUUAAUGUUUGCUUGCAAGUCUGGCUCUCUGGAAUGUACAAAGUUUUUAACACAGCACGGUGCAGAUGUCAAUGAAAUGAACAAUGCUGGUUGGACUGCAUUGAUGUUUGCCUGUGAAUCUAGAUCUCUGAAAUGUACACAGUGGUUAACAGAGCAUGGUGCAGAUGUCAAUGCUAGGAACAAGUAUGGUUGGUCUGCUUUGAUGUAUUCUUCAAAAAAUGGGUCUCUGGAAUGCACAAAGUGGUUAAAAGAUCAUGGUGCAGAUGUCAAUGCUAGGAACAAGCAUGAUAGGUCUGCAUUGAUGUACGCUAGUAAGUCUGGCUCUCUGGAAUUAACACAGUGGUUAGCGGCAAAUUGUGCUGAUGUCAAUGCUAGGGACAAUGAAUGUUUGACUGCAUUGAUGUAUGCUUGUCAGUCUGGCUCUCUGAAAUGUACACAGUGGUUAAAAGAGCAUGGUGCAGAUGUCAAUGCUAAGGAUAAUGAUGGUUGGACUGCAUUGAUGUAUGCUUGUGAGUCUGGCUCUCUGGAAUGUACAAAGUGGUUAGCAGAGCAUGGUGCAGAUGUCAAUGCUAUGACCUAUGCUGGUUGGACUGCAUUGAUGUGUGCCUGUAAGUCUGGCUCUCUGGAAUGUACAAAGUGGUUAGCAGAGCAUGGAGCAGAUGUCAAUGUCAAACACAAAGAUGGUAAAACUGGACUGAUGAUUGCUAUCGAGAAGAAGAGGUCUCUGGAAUGGAUGAAGAUGUUUAUGGAACAUGGUGCAGAUGUCAAUGUCAAAUACAAAGAUUGUACAACUGAACUGAUGAUUGCUAUUGCGGAGAGGUCUCUGAAAUGGAUAAAGAUGUUUACAGAACAUGGUGCAGAUGUCAAUACCAUAAGCACUGAUGGUAAAACAGCGUUGAUGCGUGCUUGUGAGUCUGGCUCUCUGGAAUUAACACAGUGGUUAACAGAGCAUGUUGCUGAUGUAAAUACUAAUGACAGUCAUGGUUGGACUGCAUUGAUGUAUGCUUCUGAGUCUGGCUCUCUGGAAUGUGCACAGUGGUUAACAGCGCAUGGUGCAGAUGUCAAUGUCAAACAUAAAGAUGGUAAAACUGAACUAAUGAUUGCCAUUGAGAAGAAGAGGUCUCUGGAAUGGAUAAAGAUGUUCACAGACCAUGGAGCAGAUGUCAGUGCUAAGGACAAUAAUGGUUGGACUGCAUUGAUGUUUGCUUGUAGGUCUGGGUCUUGGGAACGUACAAAGUGGUUAGCAGAGCAUGGAGCAGAUGUCAAUGUCAAACACAAAGAUGGUAAAACUGAACUGAUGAUUGCUAUUGAGAAGAGGUCUCUGGAAUGGAUAAAGAUGUUAACAGAGCAUGGUGCAGAUAUCAAUGCUGCUACUAAAUCAGGCCACACAGCACUCUCACACAUUGAUAGAUUCACCCCUGAACAUAGAAAACAAUACAGCCUAUUGACCAGACUAGGUGCUAAAGAUGAUAACUACAAACAUCUCAUGUCACUGAACCAGAAUGCAACAGAUGAUCAUCAACAUAUAGCUAGAACAAAGCUAGAUGCAAUAAAAGCCAAAUGGAAUCUGAGUUUAAAGUGUCAGGCAAGGUGGUGUCUUUAUCAAAUGAGUGUAUUAAAUGGUUUUUCAUACAGAAAUGCAAUUAAGAGGUUGAUUCAUGACAGACAUAAACUCCCAGAAUUAGAGACAUUCCUAUUGUUUGAAAACACUGAUGACAUUUGUGAGAUGACAGCUAUACUACGAGAACUGCAUGCCAGCCAUGAGGUUGAGAGAGCACUGAUCAAAUACAGAACAGAACAAAUGAGCUCAGAAAAUAUAGCACUGAGGAAACCAUUUGAGAAACUAGAACCACAUCAUAGGAAACUACUAAAAUGGUAA